GCCAAUGUUCAUCACAUGACAACAACGGGGUCGUCGUCGUCGUCAGUUUUACUGCCGUCUGGCUUUUUUAACUUUGUCGGGGUAGAUGGUCGUUUGGUGUGAAUUAAUUGCACCGAGUGACUGAUUAAAGUGAACGACGAUCACCGCACAGUAGUUUGGUGAUACGUGGGAGAAGGUUCUCUAAUUAGUAAGACCGAAAUAAGUGAAUUAGGAUGAGGGCGUACCUGGGAUACACGUUCACUGGCACCGCCUCCGCGGUCAUCACUGUAUUAGUUCUAUAUCAUGUGCUCACUGGAAAGGGUGAGCGAGUCAGUAUCGGAUGGUUUCUGGAACAGACUUCUCCAUACAUGUGGGCUACUACCGGGAUUGGAUUGACAGUUGCACUAUCAGUCGUCGGUGCUGCAUUGGGGAUUCAUACAACUGGAACAUCGAUAGUCGGUGGUGGUGUCAAGGCACCACGCAUAAAGACCAAGAAUUUGAUAUCAGUAAUAUUCUGUGAAGCUGUCGCUAUUUACGGUUUGAUUACGGCUAUUGUCUUGUCCAACGCCCUUGCCGAGUUUUCAACUGAUAUCGUUAACCAAAACACCUACCUAAAAGCUCAAAAUUGGUUAGCUGGUUACAUCAUGUUUGGGUCUGGUUUGACGGUCGGUUUUGUGAACCUUGCCUGUGGGAUGGCAGUAGGUAUUGUUGGUUCUGGAGCCGCCCUUUCGGAUGCAGCGAACUCUGCUCUCUUUGUCAAAAUUCUUAUCAUUGAGAUCUUUGGCUCAGCUAUUGGUCUCUUUGGAUUGAUCGUUGGUAUUUUUAUGACGGCAAAGAUUGCAAUGGGCAAUUAAACUUUUUGAUGACACAGAAGAAUGACCGUCAUCCCUGCCAAACCCUGAUGUAUAAAUGGUGUCUUAAAAUGUGUACACAUAAAAUACCAUGAAUUAACUUGGAAAAUUCACUACUUUCAAAGCAAACUUUGAUUUUUUUUUUUUAGUUAAUAUUCAUUCGCUUACCAUUUUUCCAUUUAUUAAACACGGUUGUCAAUCUCUUAUCGCACCCAAUACUCUUCCUCAAGUUCGGCCUCAGCAUUUUUAUCAUGAUGUGUUGCUCGUUUUCAAAAUACGCUCCCAUUUUGACAUCGACCAACAAUAGUUUCGAUAAUAAUAAACAUGAUGAUGAUAAUGAUAACAAUAAUAAUAAUGUAACAUCUAUUAAUAUUAGACCAAUAAUCGUCGCGAUCUAUCCCACAUUUAUUUUGUCAAUUUUUUCUAUAUUUUAAUUGUAAAUAUUCUUCUCUUCUACUGGCUGUAUGAAAUAUCAUGAAAUAAUAUAAAUACGUAUAUGAAUGUAUUUGGUGGGUCAGAUAUUGUAAAUGAAUUUAGCAAAUUCUAGGAGUCAUUAUACCACCUAUAAUUAUGUAUAAUUACAAAACCAUACUAUUAAUUUAAUUUUUCUUUCUUUUUUUUGGUGUCGGAGAAUGGUUAUUUCGAUAUGUUCAUGUACUUUUGAUCGUGAUUAUAUUUCUUUUUUUUUCUGUCUCCUUCCUUUCUCCUCAUGAAUAAAUUUAAUAAUUAGAUUUAAAAUAACGUUACGUAAAGUAUUAUGGUAUCUUCUAGAAUCUAUGUUAUUAAUACAAAGAAUAGUGGUGUAAAUAAUGUUAGAUAAGAGUAGCAAGGUGUGAUGAAUAAAUCGUAUCGUUAAAUGUUGAAAAAA